AACUUGAAAGUUCAAAACCCUAAAAUGUAAUUCUAAACACACCUCCUCCAUCUCCCGCCCUCCCCUGCAAUUCUGCGACUCCUGCGAGCAGCCGACGAGGACAGCGACAGCCGCCGACAAGGACUCCGCUUCCCCUGCGACAGCCGACCAGGACUUCGCCUCCCUUGCUACAGCCGACGAGGACUCACUUCCAGAAUUCUGGUACCAGCAGGCAUUUAUGCAAAGGUGAAGUCUGGAACUUCACUAUCCAAUGCAUAUAUAUUGAGAAAGAGAGAGGGAGAAGGGAUGGAUAAGGCUCUAGUGACGCUGGAAAAAGGCACGACAUGCUCGGCAUGGAAUUACAGCGGGCAGAGAUUAGCAUCUGGUUCGACUGAUGGAACUGUGGCUAUCUACGAUUCUAACGAUCCAGAUUCCUCAGUUUUUACUUGCUCUUCGAAAUUUAGGGUCCAUGAGACUGGUCUGAUCAAGAUUGUCUGGGUUCCACCAGAGUAUGGAGAUGGAAUUGCAUGUGUUUGUGAUGACGGAACUUUGUCAUUGUGGGAGGAGGUGUCAGAAGAUUUGGAGACAGUUCAAUGGAAAUCGUGCAAAUCCUUUGAUAGAAACUCAAGUCGUGUUUUGGAUAUUCAAUUUGGAGCCUCUCCCACUAGCCUGAAAUUGGUUGUUGCAUAUUCUGACGGCCAAGCAAAAAUAUUUGAGCUUCAAGAUCCUUUAAACUUGAACAAUUGGCAACUUCAGGCUGAAUUUCAGAAUGUCAUUGAUUCUAUAUCUAAAUUUGGGAAAUGUUUAUGCCUGUCUGCAUCAAUUGCUUGGAACCCAUCAAAGGGUGAAACACAGCAGUCAAGCUUUGUCUUGGGUUUUAAUUCUGAUAUCCCACAGUUGAAUUCCUCUAAGGUUUGGGAAUUUGAUCAGGAUCAUCAGAGAUGGCUUCCAGUUGCAGAAUUAGCUCUACCAGCAGAUAAGGGUGAUCAGGUUUUUGCAAUUUCAUGGGCUCCGAACAUUGGAAGGCCAUAUGAGGUAAUAGCUGUGUCUACUUACAAAGGGAUUGCGAUAUGGCAUGUUGGAUCAGAACCCGAGCCUGAUGGAAGGCUUACGGUUGAGAAGGUUGCACUGCUUUCUCCCCAUGAUAACGAGGUAUGGCAGUUGGAAUGGGACAUGAGCGGAAUGACCCUGGCUUCUACAGGGAGCGAUGGCCUUGUCCGAUUGUGGCAGUCCAACAUAGAUGGCAUUUGGCGUGAACAGGCAAUAUUUGAACCCACAAAUUAGUCUGUAUCACAUCUCAUCACCGGAUGUGAUUAUGAUAGUACUAUUUCUUUUGAGUGACGAAGGAAACACGCAGUCAAUACCUGAGAGUCUGAUAGUGCUAUUUUGUGAUAUGGUUCUUAACUUCAACUCAUAGACUUCAAUUUUUAAGUGAUGUUACUAUACAUUUAUUCAUUCUAGUAUUGUUAACUAAACUGCAA